UUAAUCAAUAUUGAAAUGGAUAUUUGUUCAAUUUGUUUGUUACCGCUCUUCAGUUAAACAAUAUUUCGCCGGAAAAAUGAGUUAAUUUGGAUACGGUUAAUAAAAUCUUGAAUUUGCUUUCCAUUAAUAUAAACUAAUAUUCAAUGUACAAUCUUGAGUAAAUUUUACGGAACCAGAAUGUUUGUCGGGAUUCAGAUUUUCGUGUUUAUAUCCGCUCUGUGCUUAGAUUUCGUGAUGUUACUAAAUAACGGCUUGGCCCGGACACCUCCCAUGGGCUGGAUGUCGUGGGGGUACUACCAAUGCGCCGACGACUGUGACAAAAACCCCGAAAAAUGUCUCAAUGAACAACUCAUCAUGUCUGUAGCGGAUGCAUUAUUUAAUGAAGGCUAUCUGGAGGCGGGGUAUGAGUAUGUUGUGAUCGAUGACUGCUGGUCGGAGAGGCUGCGGGACAGCAAUGACCGUCUAGUGCCAGAUCGAAAAAGAUUCCCGAGGGGCAUGAAGUUCUUAGCGGACUAUGUCCACAAGCUGGGUCUGAAAUUCGGUAUGUACACCAACGUGGGCGCAGACACGUGCAUGCACUACCCAGGCUCGCGCGGACACUUCGAGAAUGAUGCCCAACAGUUUGCGGAGUGGGAUGUGGACUAUCUCAAAGUUGAUGGCUGCUUUGUGGAAAACACGUAUCUUGAUACUGCAUACAUAAAGCUUGGUCACUAUUUGAAUGAGACUGGCAGACCCAUGGUGUUCUCCUGCAGUUGGCCUUAUUAUAAGGAGUACAUUCAUAAGACUGAGUUCAGCUACGCUCCGAUCGCAAAACACUGCAACAUGUGGCGCAACUUCCACGACAUCUUCAUAAACUUCGGCAACGUUGCGUGGAUCAUAGACAACUAUGAGAAAAACAACAGGCUGUACAGGCAGUUCCAUAAGCCGGGCCAGUGGAACGAUCCUGACAUGAUAAUCCUAGGAAACAAUGGCCUGACCGAGAGCCAAAGCCGCAUCCAAAUGGGCUUGUGGUCGAUGUGGUCCGCGCCCCUCCUAAUCAGCUGCGACAUGAAGAACAUCACGCCCUUCGAGAAACAGCUACUUCAGAACAUGGACCUGCUGGCCAUAGCCCAGGACCCUAGAGGGAAGAUGGCCACUGCCUUUAAGAUUCGAGAAAAAGUUACACUGUGGGUCAAACGCCACCUACCAAUGAAAGGGGACAUCCAUUCUUCAUAUUCUUUCGCACUUGUCAAUUUGAGGGGAGACAAUCAAUAUGUCUCUUUCAAGCCUGCCGACUAUGGAUUGGAAGCGACUGAUGUGUAUACAAUUUUGGAUGUGUUCACGGGCGUUUUCUUAAGAAAUGUGACGAGACAGGAGGUCCUAAACGUUUCGGUUUCGCCUCAAGAUAUUAUUCUGUACACAUUCUAUCCGCUAUGAAGCUAAAGGUUACAGACAUUCCAGGGGUCUCCGCACUAGGCAGUGCCUGUAUCGCGGGGAACCAAUUAUAAUUUAAAUAUCAGACGUUGUUACAAUUAAAAACUAUCAUUUAGUAAGAAACUACUAACUACAAACUACAAACUACUAACUACAAAUUCGAUGCGAAAGUUAAAAGGUGUCAAAUCUGUCUUCAGUUAAUUUCUGUUGUACAAUAUGGGCCUCUAGCUCGGUUACCUUUUUCUAGUAGACUGAAAUACACUUAGUAAUUGUCAAAUUCGCAAAUUAUUAUUUAUUUCCUUUAUUUAUUUUUAGUCUUAGGCUAGGCUUUUUACAAUAUGAGUAUAAAAGUAAAAUAUAAAAACACUUACAAAACAUUACAAAAUUAUAUAAACACAUUAUAAAAAACCUAACCUAGGGUGCCGCCGGCAGCGGGGCAGGGCCCAAGCUGCCGGUGGUCAGGGCCGCAGAGAGAGGAAUAUAUUUAUUUUAUUAUUAGGUACGUAAAGAUUUUUCUCGUUUAUUAUCUUUAUCGGGUUGCGUAAAUGUUAUGUCCGUCCAAAAUGAAAUUAUAUUGUAACUCUAAUAUUAGGUUAAGUUCGUUUUUUCAUUUUAGCAGUCGCAAAAACCUAUUUAUUUAAAAUACUCGUACCUACGUACUUUUGUUAAAAUAAGUGGUACUAUCCUAAACCUUCUUUGAUUUAUGUUUCGCAAUUUUGUUUUUUAUUUCGUGUUUGGAUUAUUUUGUCAUGUGAUGACAUUUAUUUAUUUAUUAAAACAUGCGUUAAACGCGGACUGGUACAUACAUACUAAAAAUG